GUGGACCCGCGCUGGGAGGAGGAGGUGACUCGCUCUCGUCGAACUUUUUGUAUCGUCAAGUUUUCUGUGUGAUACUGAACCAAUAUUAUUUUAUCGUCCUUAAGUUUAACCAUUGGAAUAAGACUGCUACUCAGACUGGAUCAAGAACAUUUGAGGAUUAAGUUCUACCUCGGUGUUGCUGGAGGCUGUUUCUUCUAAAACUUGAACAAUAAAUACAGUACGUAGCUGUAAACAAACUUAAGAAUGGAUAAACCAGGUGAUGUUGGAUUUGCUCCAUACCCUUCUCCAGGACAAGCUGGACAGUACCCUCCUCCAGGGCAAUACCCCCCUCCAGGGCAGUACCCUCCUCCGGGACAGUACCCUCCUCCAGGUCAGCCUGAACAGUAUCCUCCAGGACAACCUGGUCAUUACCCUCCUCCAGAACACUUUUCUCAGUAUCCUCCUAUGCAACCCAAUCCAUAUGCUCCGGCAGGAUACCCACAACCAGGCCAGUUUCCCCCUCAAGGCUACCCACAACCAGGGCAGUACCCACCACAGCAACCUGUACAAGGGUAUGGAGGAGCUGUUUACCCCCCAGGACCAGGCUUAGGGCCUCCUCCCCCAGAUAUAUACAACCAACAGCCACAACCUGGCCAGCAAGGAGGAUGGAUGCCCGCACCAGUUGCCACCAACUGCCCUCCAGGACUGGAGUAUCUUACUCAGGUUGACCAGUUACUUAUUAAACAGAAGGUGGAGCUUCUGGAAGCCUUUACUGGAUUUGAAACGUCUAAUAAGUAUAAAGUGAUGAAUUCCCUCGGGCAGCAAGUAUACUUUGCUGCCGAAGAUACCGAUUGCUGCACCCGGCAGUGUUGUGGCCCCAUGCGGCCAUUUGACAUGAAGAUCAUGGAUAAUACGCAAAAUGAAGUGAUUCACCUUAACCGUCCAUUGGCUUGUGAUUCAUGCUGUUUUCCUUGCUGCUUACAGAGCAUCGAGGUGACCUCACCACCUGGGAAUGUUAUAGGUACCAUUCGCCAGGAGUGGAGUAUUCUGACGCCCAAAUACACUGUACGCAAUGCUUCAGAUGAUGUUAUUCUCAGAAUUGAAGGACCUUUCUGCACCUGGAGUAUUUGUGGUGAUGUUGAAUUUAAGGUGCUGUCCGCAGAUGGUGAUGUCCAGGUGGGUAAGAUCAGCAAACAGUGGACGGGUCUUGUGAAAGAGGCCUUCACUGAUGCUGACAAUUUUGGUAUUACUUUCCCCAUGGAUCUGGAUAUAAAGAUGAAGGCAACCUUACUUGGAGCCGUGUUCCUCAUUGAUGUUAUGUAUUUUGAGAAGACCGACGACAACUGAUGACUUCCAUAGGGUAAUAAAAAUAUGAGGACUUCAUGUUCUUCGAGAAGCAAGGAAACAAAGAAAAUGAUGGAAUUGGGAUGCUUGGCUAAACGUUUUGGAGGAAGAAGUCAAUGAGACGUACACUUUUUUUAUCUGCUUCUUUCUCCUCGCCUCAACAUAUUGGAAUUAUGAACAUUAUUUUACCAUUCAGGGAAGAGUGAAUUCUUAUUUGCUUUUGCAUUUUCAUUAUUGUAUCAUUUAUUAUUAAUGUAGUUGUUAAUAUUAUUAAAGAAGACAAGAUUUU